CGCCGCUAUCGCUGAUAAACCCUGUUGCUCACCACCACUACUAUCCACCGUCCUCCGCCGUCGCCUCAAAACCCACCUUCCCAUUCAGAUUUCUCCGCACCACCAUUUCCCCCCUUUUAUCCAUCGUCUUCUGCUGGCACCGGGAUCAAAGCAACACGUUUAUUCUACUACCAGGUACUUGAAGGUUGAUUUGUCUGUAUAAAAUUCUUCAAUUCCUCAACACCUCCACUGCUCAAAUGUUGCUUUUAGGGAAUUCUCAUAUCUAAACCAUAUUCUAUUCAAAUCGUCACAUAGGUAUUGUCAAAGUUAAUCGGGGGUCGAUUUGACUCGAUUAACAAAAGCAUAAGCUUGGCUCUUUGCAUGUUCUCUAUUGCUCAAAUUGGUCACAAAGUUGUUCAGGGGAUCUCUUGUUAUUGCGGCAUUUCACGCUCCUUAUGUAGUAAUGGUAAUGGAUUUAGUGAUGGGUUUCGACGAAUUGAGAAAUACUUAACUGGGUGUCAAAAAAGUUCAAAUGGUAAUUUUGUGUUGAAUGAAAACCAUGAAGAGUCUAUUGAUUCUGUUGGUACCAGUGGCAGAUAUGAGGAAGAUGAAGAUCACCAACAAAAUGUAUUUAAUAGAGCAAGUUUUUUAAGAAAUGCAAAAGUUGGUGCUGCCAUGGCCCUCAAAGUUCUCCAACAGGAUGGCCCUGGUUUUGAUGCAAAAACGGCUUUAGAUAAGUUGGAAAUACAAGUAUCAGGCCUACUUGUGAGAGAAGUUCUUAUAGGAAUCUUGAAGAACAUUAAUCAUGCGAACAAGGAUCGGUGUGCUAAACUUGGGUACAAAUUCUUUGUAUGGUCUGGCCAGAAACAGAAUUACAAUCAUACGGUACAUACCUAUCAUUUAAUUAUGCAAAUCUUUUCAGAAUCCGAGGAAUACAAAGCAAUGUGGAGGUUGGUUGAUGAGAUGACUGAGAAAGGAUAUCCGGUCACCUCAUGUACUUUCAACAUACUGAUAUGUACAUGUGGCGAGGCCGGUGUAGCUAAGAAAGUUGUAGAGAGAUUUAUAAAGUCAAAAUCAUUCAAUUUUCGCCCCUUUAGUCAUUCCUUUAACGCUAUCUUGCAUUCUCUUCUUGCUGUAAACCAGUAUAAACUGAUUGAGUGGGUGUACCAACAGAUGUUGGCUGAUGGUCAUCAACCGGAUGCUUUUACAUAUAAUAUCCUAAUGUAUACAAAGUAUAGGCUGGGGAAGUUGGGUCAGUUUCAUAGAUUACUAGAUGAAAUGGGCAGGAGUGGAUUUCCUCCAGAUUUUCAUACAUUCAACAUCCUUCUUCACAUUCUUGGUAAAGGAGAUAAGCCAGCAGCAGCCGUUGAUCUCUUGAACCACAUGAAGGAUGUUGGUAUUGAGCCUAAUGUUCUUCAUUUCACCACAUUGAUAGAUGGGCUAAGCCGAGCUGGAAAUAUGGAUGCUUGCAAGUACUUUUUUGACGAAAUGAUCAAGCAGGGUUGUGAGCCUGAUGUGGUGUCUUACACCGUCAUGAUCACAGGACAUAUUGCAGUCAGACAAUUUGAGAAGGCAGAGGAAAUGUUUUCAGAAAUGUUCGACAAUGGGAAGAUUCCUAACGUUUAUACAUACAAUGCAAUGAUACGUGGCCUUUGUAUGGCUGAAAAGUUUGAAUAUGCAUGUUUGAUGCUUAAAGAAAUGGAAUCUAGAGGGUGUAAUCCCAAUUUUCUUGUGUACUGUACACUAGUAAGCUAUCUGAGGAAUGCUGGGAAGCUUUCUGAAGCUCAUGAGGUAAUAAAAAAGAUGGUCGAAAAGGGGAAGUAUGCACAUCUCGUUCACAAGAUAAAGAGAUAUAGGAGAUGCUAAUGUGAUUCAAUAGCAAUCUCUCUGUAUAAUUUAUUUGUGCACUUGAUAGCAGCGCUGGAGGCCAUGGCAAUACUGGAACUUCCUGAAGAAAUUAGAAGCCACUGGUUUACAGUAGAUCCCUUGAUCAUCUAAGUGCAGCAGUGCAAAUUCAAGAUAUAUUCAACAGUUCAAGCGUAUGCCUCUUAUUUUAUUCUGCAGUUUGGCGGAGGCAUGGGGGGUCUACAGGAUUCACAGGUCCAACUACCCAAUUCGCUAGUGUUUCUUCGCCUUUUACGCAUCUGCUUCUCUUGGUAAGAAAGACGGUCUUUACGCAUGGUGGAAAUGUUGGAAGAUUGCAAAUUAUGUAUUUGUGUUUGCUUAUGUAGUUAUGUUUCUUAAAACAAGUACUCCCUUUGUCCCAUGAAGCUGCAAUAUUUCUUUUUUUGGCAAAAAAUUAAAGCUAAAGUGAUAUAAUUACGCUUUUGUCUUUAGGGGUGCAAACGGAGCGAACAUAAUCAUAUUU